GGGGGGAUGAAAUGUGUGGUCCUCGUCAGUGUCUUCUGAGGAGCUUGUCCAACACUGAGCUGUAGUUUUUCUUCAAGAGGCGAGGAAUGCGAGCUGAGCAUCAAUGUUUCACUGGGGCAAGUGGAAGAAGAGGAUGGGGGCCAACAGUUCCUCUAAGAGACCAGUGUUCGAUGAAAAGGAAGAUGUGAACUUUGAUCACUUCCAGAUACUGCGGGCCAUUGGGAAAGGGAGCUUUGGAAAGGUGUGCAUCGUGCAGAAGAGGGACACGGAGAAGAUGUACGCCAUGAAGUACAUGAACAAACAGCAGUGCAUAGAGAGAGAUGAGGUCCGAAACGUCUUUAGAGAGCUUGAGAUCCUACAGGAAAUUGAACAUGUUUUUUUAGUAAAUCUCUGGUACUCAUUUCAGGAUGAGGAGGACAUGUUCAUGGUGGUGGACCUCCUGCUGGGAGGAGACCUUCGUUACCACCUGCAACAGAGCGUUCAGUUCAGCGAGGACGCGAUCAAACUCUACCUCUGUGAGAUGACACUGGCACUGGACUAUCUGCAGAGCCAACACAUCAUCCAUAGAGAUGUCAAGCCUGACAAUAUCCUGCUGGAUGAGAAAGGUCACGCCCACUUGACGGACUUCAAUAUUGCAACAAUAAUAAAGGACGGAGAGAGAGCCACCGCCUUAGCUGGAACCAAGCCCUACAUGGCCCCAGAGAUCUUCCAGUCCUUUGUAAAUGGAGGGACAGGCUACGCCUUCGAAGUAGACUGGUGGUCACUGGGGGUGACAGUCUUUGAAGUGCUGCGUGGAUGGAGGCCCUAUGAUAUUCAUUCCAGUAACUCGGUGGAGUCCCUGCUCCAGCUCUUCAGCACAGUCAGUGUGCAGUACAGCCCAGCAUGGCCUAAGGACCUGGUUUCACUGUUGAGGAAGCUACUGACAGUGAACCCAGAGCAUCGUUUCUCCGGUGUGUCUGACAUGCAGACAUCUCCCUACCUCGCUGAUGUCAACUGGGAUGCUGUAUAUGAGAAGAAGAUGGAGGCUGGAUUUGUCCCUAAUAAAGGCCGCCUCCACUGCGACCCCACCUUCGAACUGGAGGAGAUGAUCCUCGAGUCGCGUCCCCUUCACAAGAAGAAGAAGAGGCUGGCCAAGAACAGGUCUCGAGACAACAGCAAGGAUUCACAGUCUGAGAAUGAUUACUUACAGGAGUGCCUUGAAGUGGUGCAGCAAGAGUUCAUGAUCUUCAACCGCGAGAGGUUGAAAAAGCGUCAGGAUGAAGGUCAGUCAGAGGCCGGGGGCGAUGAUGCCAGCGGAGACGGGGACAGAGAGGCUGAAUCUGGGGCUACCGAUGAUGACGCACCUGAGCCAGAACCUGAACCCGGUCCCGAGACGGAGCCCGAGUCCUCCAAGCUGAGCAUGUGUGGCUCAGUCUGCUCCUCCCCCGGCAGCUGCUAGCACCACAUCGCCUCACAGUGGCGAUUGCAGGUCUCUCUGGCCACUGCAGUGUUUGUGCCAUACCAGUAGAUACGUUGGAACCUCUCUCCUCUGUUGUAGCUAGGAGUGACGGAAACGCACAGCAGGGCAACUUGAUACACAGCAGGACCUAAUAUGGCUCCCACCAUUUCCCUUAUCUUUAUUUUUUCCUGUAGCAUCCUUCCAGUAAGGCAUGACUGAGGCAGAUUUUCGUGAGAGUCACCACCUACUGUAUCCGUCUGCCCUAGAGUAAGCUCUUACUUCUAUGCAAUGUUACAGUAUAGCAUGACAAAUAUUGGAUCACUUACUAAGAGGUGUUGUUCAGGAGCCGAAAGCUCCACAGGCAUGAAGACAUCCUGAGCAAUAGCGGUCUGCGGAUUUUGUGGGAUCGGUGGUUUUGGUGGAGACGUCCCCCCUCUAAGCUUUCCUGUUCAAAACCUAAUGGGAGACUGAAUUAUUCAGCACAUGCAGGCUCUCCAAUUUAUUUGACUGCCUGUGUCUUCUUCCCUCAGCCAUUUUCAUGUAAUAUGUGCUCCGAUUUAGGGAAAAUAGUUUUUUCCUCUUUCUCCCGCAGCACCUUCCUCCUGUAACAACACCUUUCCAAGACACUUUCAAAGUAAAGUAUGUUGUGCAUGGCUGUUUCCUGUUGGCCAAGACGGAGUGACUGGUUUUCUGUUGUUUUAAAGGGGUGAUAAUCAGUUUAAAAUGAUAAUCAGUCUGUGUUAAUAACUGUGUAGCCAUGGAAGCGUUAUGAGUAAGAAUGCUAAUUUGAUUUUAUCUCCUUUAGCGUUAUCCAACUGUUGUUUUCCCAAGCAUUUUAGGAUGAGAAGAUGCUGUGAUUUAUGGGAGAACAUUAGUGCAACGAUAAGAAUGAGAAGUCUUGCUUGUCACUGUGUCUGCAAUCAUGCCGUGGUAUAGUGUUUUAACCUCAAAGAGCAUUCAGAAGCUGCUCUGCGGAAUAAACUCAAUCAACAACAGUCCCAUCCUUUAAUAUUUGCUUCACUAGACAUCGUCACCUCUUAAAGUGCUUGGUUAGUAGUGAAAAAAAAAAAGAAAAAAGAAAAAAGAUCAUUAUUUUGGGGCUUAACAUUAAUGUGUAGCUGUGUCCUGUUGGUACUUCAAAAUCGCAUAGAUGAGAUAGACGUCAUGAUAGUGUUACAGUUAAGGUGGCACCCUCGAUCUCAGCGUGAACACCUGGGAACAUGUAGCAAAAGUCCACCUUAAGAAAAUCCUAAGGCCUAAUAAAAAUGAAAACCGUGUACAUAGCAUACAGUGUAGGUAAUUAAUCUCACCACAGUUUUAUGUGGGACUGCGAACUCGACAUAUAAACUAAAGGAAGAGCUGUGUGAAGCCUCAGUCCGCUUCACUCCUCGCUUCCUUUUCCAAGUGUGCAGGCACAACUUGUAGGCAAAAUAUGCCAAAGCUUUUCUACCAUUUGCAUAACCAUUUCUAAGGAACUUAACGUGUGUCAAUGUAAACGUCUCCUUUUUUCCCCCCCGGUAUAACGUAAAGUCCACGUUCCUUCUUCUGCAAGUGAAAAAAAAGGUCAUUUAUACAUUCAUAUUGUGAUUAUGUAUAAAGUAUAUAUUUCAGGUGGUGCAGUGA